ACAGUUGUGUGCCAUAUCAUUGAAAGUUUUAUUGAUUGUUGAUCAAUAUACGUAUUUUGUAAAUUGUCCUAUACUGAAUAAAAAUCUUGUUAAUAUAGUUGUAUAAUAAUGUUUCCAUGAUAAAGAUAAUGAAACAGUUGUCAUGAAUAACACGGAUAUCAAUCAAACAAUUCAAAAUGUAAAGAACAUACUUGAGAAAGUUCAAUGUAGUAUAUGUGAUAAGCUUGAUGGUAAUCGAGUAAGAUAUCCCUGUGGACAUACUGCAUGUGAAGACUGUGCUGUGGACGCACAAGACUGCCUCAUCUGCCUCACUCCACCUCAAGGCUCUAAUACUCAGCCUAAGCUUGAUAAUCCCUUAACACAGAGAGUGAAAAAUGCAGCAGUACUGAGAAAAACCUGUGAAAAGCUAUUUAACACAGAUGUGUUUAAACAUAAAAGAUUGUCUGAGCAGCUGAGAAUUGAAAAAGAAUUGUUCCCAGAAUGUAUUCAAGCACCAGCAAAGUAUGAGAACAAAAGAAGAUCUACAUUAUUUUCUCAUAAAAAUAAAGAAAACAGAAUCUCAUCAAAAUUUCUAGGUGAAGAAACAUCACAUCACAAAGAAAAUAUGACAAUGGAAAAAUCUGUAAGAUAUGUACAACAGUGGCUCAACAAUAUUGAGAGUGACAGUACAAGAAUACCAUUCAGAGAUUUGAAUGUAAACACCCAAGUAGAUCAUGGUACAAUCAUUCCAAAAAGUAAUAAAACACUACAAAAUAAAAAUGAGUUAAUUGGCAACAAUAGCAGAAAAAGAAAUCACUUUAAAACAACUGUUAAAAAUCUGGCUCUCCAAAGUCCUAAAUUAAAAUCAAAUAUAAAUGAAGUUAAUAAAAAUAGUAAGAGGAUAAAGAAAGAAAUACAUCAGCCUAAUCUAGCUGUUGAAAAAUAUGAUAUUAAAUCAAAAUGUGACUACGAUGAAAGUGGUAUUUUUAUGGAUAAUGAUCCAAUUUUAAUUGAUGAUUCACAAGAUGUGGAAGUUGAUAAAGAUAAAAAUGCAUGGCUGGCUGUGCUUAAAGCCAAUGAAAAUGAAGAAAAUGAAUCUACCUCAGUUGUUAACCUAGAUUAUAGUGAUAACAAAAGUUUAUUUGGUACAAAUAAGCAAUCUCUGAUAAAAUCUGAUGGAAUACAAAGCAAAGGUAAUCCAAACGUAAAGGUACCUUUUUAUAAAAAGGGCCCAAUUGCUGAGACAUCCUCUGGCCAGUCUAAAGAAAUGAAAAUAAUUAUUGAUGAUGUCAAUUUUACAACAACAGUUAAGAUUUUAAAAACUGAUCAACAUAGUUCUAAGCUAAAUACAAAGAAAACUGUUUCAGUUCAAACAGAUAUAACUGAUAUUGUACCUAAAGAUCAUGAAUUUGAACUAAAGGAUACUGCCAACACUGAAUAUUCAAACCAGUAUCAAAAAGAAAGUAGUGAACAUGUUAUUUCACAGAAAUCAGAUACACAAAGUGUAGAUUUGUUUGAAGAUGAGGUACAGAAUAAUGACAAUGGGGAUGAGCAAAGUAAACCACACAAAUAUUUAGUUAUUUCAGAAUCAGAGAGCGAUAUGGAAAUUGAAACAAGUGGCCCAUUGCCUGUCAAAGUUGAUGUCCAUAGAUCUUGUGAGGAAUCUGACUAUGGUAUUCUUAGUGAAGUGCCGAACAUUGAGCAGCAUGAUAUCCAACCUCGACGUGGCCCUCGAGGACUCACACCCACUAGCACGGAUUCUUCAGAGAAAGAGAAUUUCAAUCCCAACAGAAUGAAAAAACAAAUCUCUAAAAAGAAAAAAAAUUACAAGAAACAUUAGAACAAAACAUUACAUUAUAUUGAUUGAAACAUCUAUAACACAUGCAAUGGAAUUGUAUUUCAUCUUGUUACAUCAAUUAGCAUGUUGUAAAAAUGUUUUAAAGGAAUUUGAACAUUCUCUUCUCAAAAUUAAGCAUUCGUAAAUUAAUGUUUCAGAAUUUUUGUGCACUAGAAUUUGUUAAGUACCUAUUUGUUAAGUGGCAAUGAUUUAAAUUAUAUUUCUACCUUUUUUAA